AUGGCGCAAACGCAAACCACAGAGAAACUACACGCUGCCUGUGAUGAAUGCCGAACUCGAAAGUUGAAAUGCUCAGGGGAAAAGCCAAUAUGUGGACGAUGCCAAAGAGAGAAGAUAGAAUGCAUUUACUCGCCGCAAAAGGCUAUGGGUCGACCAAAGAAGAGGAGGAGAGAGGGCGAAGCAGAUGCACCUUCCGAACAACCAGCCAGUACCCAGGAUGGACACGACAGUAGCUUGAACGGCUCCACGACACAGCCGAUAAGCCGCCUCUAUAGGAAAACUCUCCUUGAUACUCAUCGUCAUAGCUUCGGCCCAACACCCCCAAUCCACCCGUCCCUCUGGGACGCCCAAGUCACCACACCAGACACCCCAAUUGGCUACCAGACCGCAACUCAAGACACACCACCCAACCAAACCGCAAUGGGCCCCUGCACCUGCCUCGCCCUGACCUUCCUAACCCUAACCGACCUCCAAACGGUCCCCACCUUCUCAUUCCCACAAGUCAUCAUCCCCCUCCGCAAAGCCAUGACCACCGUCUCCUCGCUAAUCCACUGCCCCAUCUGCCCGCUCGACGCCUUCUCCGCAAUUCAAAACGUCUCCUCGAUCGUCUCCCUCUUCAAAGCAAUCGUCGAGCGCUUCAGCAAAGUGCUUCACGAAGUCGACCUCGAAGCUUCCCGGCUCAGCACCAUCGGGUCCAAAAAGCCCUACCGGAUCGGCGACAACAACCCCGCCUUGUCGCACCUGCACACAGGUACGCUGGACUGCCCGAUGGGGUUUAAUAUCGAGCUGGAGCCGGAUGUGUGGAAGAAGCUGGUUAAGACGGCGCUGAGGACGGAGAUGUAUGGGGGCGGCAGUAAUCCCGCGCCGUUGAAGCAGUUGCUCAAGGAGGUCGAGGAGAGGCAGCAGAGGUGGUAUAGGGCUGAGGAGUUUUUGGGGGAGGAGAGGAGGAGGAUUUGGGGGAGGGAGCAUUAUGAGGGGGACAAGGGGGUGUGUGAGAGUCUGGGAGGAGAGCAGUUGAGGAGGGCGAUUGGGAUAUUGGAUUGGGAGUGA